AUGACUCAAAAGACUAAGAAGGUAGGAAUUGUUGGAAAGUACGGUGUGAGAUACGGAGUGUCUCUUCGUAAGAGAGUAAAGGUCUCUGAAAUCACCCAGCACGCAAAAUACACAUGCGAGUUCUGCGGAAAAAAGAACGUUAAGAGAGAAGUAGUUGGUAUAUGGAAAUGCAAGUCUUGCGAUGUAGUAGUAGCAGGAGGCGCAUACAAUGUAGUUACUGUUCCUGGACAGUCCGCAAAGCAGCAAAACCAAAGAUUAAAGGAGCUUAUCCAGGAUUAA